CAAAAAACUCACAUGAAUCAUGACAAACGGUUAAUGUUUUUUUUAGUAACUGAUAAUUAUUCCAGUGGUAUAGGUGUUGCUGUAAACGACACAACUGGAUUAAUUGCCAGAGGGUGGUGUGGCGAGGUGUGUGUCAUACGUCCAUAUCCAUAUCUUAUCAGCAGCUGUUCUGCUGUUUUGGUUUUAUGGCCGUCGUUUGUCGAUUCGCCCUAUCAAGUGCCUUUGUUAGCCAUCCAAUUGACCAAGUGAUCGAUUUUAAGAAAACAUUGUACCGAAAACAGAUUAGAAAUUUUGCUUUUGUUCUGCUUGCAGUUUAUGACGCCCAAAUCAGCAUAACUGCCCAGCCGCGACCAACAUCAGGUAAGUUGCUCCAGAUUAUAUUAAGACACCAAUUGAUAAGCGUUAAUUCGUUCACAGAAGCUCCGCGCAUUCCAUUGCCCAUUUCUACGGUCGCCGGCAGUCGCACCUUUAUACCCCUGGCCGGCUAUGAUUGCCUUGCGGACUUGCCCUCUGUGCAUAUUGAGCAGACUUUCGAGCUGAAUGAUUCACUCACGGCUGUUUCCUCGGAGAAUCGUUAUGUGGUUCGCUCGCCGCUGGGUGAUGCCAUCUUUGCCGCCUCCGAGAGCUCCACAGGCAGGAAUCGCAUGAUUUGGGGCGCUGCUCGGCCAUUUCAGAUGCAUCUGCUAGACAAAACGCAUCAGGAAGCGCUGGUAUUCCGCAAGAAGCUGGCAGUCGGGGCAAUAUGUUGCCAGCCCAAGAAUCUGGAGAUAUGGAUACCGCCGGGCAAUGUGCUGGGUCGCGUGGUGCAAUCGCCAACCUUCACACAGCCGGAGUUUUACAUUGAGGACGGCAACACGCAUCAGCCGGUCUUCUGUGUGGAAGGACCCGCCAAUUCCGGCUUCUGCUGCUACUGCCUGCCCAAAGAGUGCUACUUUAAGAUUCACUCCGGCGGCGACCUACGCGCCUCCAUAGACCACAAAUGGUUGGCCAGCAAAUCGCAGUACACGACAAACAUUUACUUCAGCGAUGCCCGGCUGACGGCCAAGGAGCGUGCCCUGAUUCUGGGCUCCGCAUUUCUGCUGGAAUAUAUGUACUUUCAGAAGCGCUUUUAGGACUGGGCGUACAAAUUAAAGAACAACUACGAAAUUUAA